AUGCUGACUAUUAUUCUUAUUGGUUUGAUUGUUUUGAUUACAAAUCGAUUUAAUGGUACACUUUCCUCUGAUAAUUUAUUUCAGAGAAGAAAGCUUUCAGAAAACAAGUCCCUUAAUCAAUCGCCAGUUCAUAAAUCUGCACUUGAUGUGCACAACGGCUUCACUCAAUCUGAUUCUGAAGAGAAGAACGAUGCUGAUAUAGUCGUCAGGAUGAAAUCGAACAAAUAA